AUAGUCUAACCUGUAUAACUAUUCAUUCACAAUCCACCUCCUACAGCAGAAACGUCAAAGCAGUCUUCAAACGAGCUCAAAACCACAUAUUUUCGAGUAAUAUUGAAUUUGUUGAUGUCCUCCAGGUGAUAAAAUAUACCUUGAUGUCUCUAACUUUAUUUCAUCAGCAAUGCCAAUCUGACAUAAAAUGCUUGAAGAAUGUAGCUGUUUUUUGGUUGCUGAUGUUGAGUUGUUUAGGAUGACAGAAUGCUUCUCAAAAGAGAAAUGUAUGACGAUGGGCUUUUGUCAAAACGUGGAGCUUGAUCAGCAUAGAAAAAUGAAAAACUGUACAGCAUUCCCCGACAUAAGUGUUACUUUUUGAAUCAUCCAUUAUGUUGAUUGUGCAUACAAAUUUUAACCUGUGUCUAAAAAGACUUACCAUUUUAUUUGCUCUUCUAUGUCUUGUUAUAUUCUUGUUCCAUCCUGCAAGGUUUGCUGUGUCGUAUGAUUAUAUUGAAACCUCAGAGAUAUCAAGGCACCUUGAAACGGUGACACCACCUGAUAAUAUUACGAAACCUCUUUGCCCAAUUAAUUUUAGUACCUUAGGAAUCAAAACCAAUGGCAAUCUAUUGGAUCUAAAGUUUAAUGAAUCAGAAGUAAAAAUAGGGGGACGUUGGGAACCACCCAAUUGCUUAGCUCAGCACAAAGUAGCUCUUAUUAUUCCUUAUAGAAAUAGGAAACAGCACCUAGACACUUUUAUAAAUUAUAUUCAUGGUUUUCUUCAAGCUCAAUUUAUAGAAUACUCAAUUUAUGUUGUAGAACAAUCUGCACAGCAGGCAUUUAAUCGUGGACUUCUCUUCAAUAUUGGCUAUAGCUGGGCCCUACAAAGUGAGCAAAUACCUUGUUUUAUUUUCCAUGAUGUCGAUCUUCUACCUGAAAAUCUAGGAAAUGUUUAUGGAUGCACCAGUGUGCCAAGGCAUAUGUCUUGCAGUGUAAAUACACUACGGUACAACCUUCCAUAUGGAACUUUAUUUGGUGGCGUUGUCUCUAUGCUGCAAGCCCAGUUUCAUAUGGUGAAUGGGUUUCCUAAUAGAUAUUUUGGUUGGGGAGGUGAAGACGAUGACUUGUUCAUGAGGGUCAUUAACAGAGGAAUGAAUGUUGUCAGAUUUGCUCCAGAUAUUUCUAGGUAUUACAUGCUGCCUCAUGUUAAAGAAUCAGCAACAGCUGAAAAUGUGGAACAUCUUCAUCAUGUUACAGCAAAUCAGGAUAUAGAUGGUUUGAAUGACCACAUGCAAUAUGUGUCAAAGGCAAUCGAGAAACCUUUUCCAUUGUACAUGCUUAUUACUGUAGAUUUACAUUUACCAGAAAAGUACAACAAAAUGGAAUAUUGGAGGAAAUAAUUUGAUGUGUAUCAUUUGACUAUAGUUGUCUUCUGGCUGUGUACUUAAAAACAAUUUUCUGUGAUAAGACUCACACAUUAACUAGUGCAAUGUUUCCAGUUGAGUGCUUUUCAGGGAGUGACUUUCUUAUAGUUAGUUAUAAUUUAUUACAUUGUAUUGAUUUUCUGAACUAUCUAUAAAAUCAUUAUGAACAGUCCUAGUGUAAUUGUAGGUUUACCUUAUUUAUUUACUGUUGUUUGUCUGAUACUAGGGUGGUACAUUUUUGUAAGAAAGGAAAUAAACUUUUGUAAUUGAAAACCGUUA